UGCCUAUCUGCAUUUAUUGUGACCCCCUCAGUCUGGCAGGGGUCUGUAGGUACCUUCGUGCGGAAUAGGCCCCGCGACUGCCAUGUGAGCUGGCCCCGAGCGGCUCAUGCUGCACACAUUCACCGCAACUCUCACGUCCUGUCUUCGUCGACCUCGCUGUACGGCAUAACUCGGACGGCUCUUCGAGCUUCAUGUCUCGUCAUCCAUGUAAGAGCGCAGUGUCUGCCGCCUUUGCGUCCGGGAGCAGUGAUAUAAAAGAGUAUGAGUGGGGCCUUGCCUCGAUACACGAGCCGCCAUGCACUUCCGCACUCUCCUGUGCCUCGGGCUCACCGUCCUGUAUGUAGUCACUCCAUCGUCCGCAGUGUCGGCCAGAGCUCGUCUUGCUCGCGAUCGCCUGCGCAAGUAUGCUGCGCACCCCGAAUACGGCGUCCCUGAGCAUGAGAUCGCUGCGGUCGCACGGAAGAGGGCGCUUUCUCCUCGACAAGACGCUGUGGAUCCGUACGUUAUCUGCCUGCGCGAUGCGUACAAACUACACAGUCGACUCAUCUCCCCCUCCAGUCACGAUCUAGUGGCGAGGUUGAUCCAAGAUAAUCAAGACAUAUGGCAGCAGCUGCUGCACAACCCAUUCAUCGAAGCUAUGAUGACCGCCCAGCCAGGGAACGAGACGGUAACCGCUGGCUACCAAUGGUACGAGGUGCAAGACUACUGGUACUGCAUCCGUCUCCUCGCUUUCGACGUCGAACGCUCCUUCACCGCGCAGUCUCUCGCCGAGCUGAACAGCUCCUUGAGCGACGUCGCGAGCGACGGCGCGUACGCGCUCUCGUCUAUCCAGGUCACGACGUCCCCGCCGCCUGCGGGCCUCGGCCUGAACGAGAGCGUGGUCCUGAACGCACCGGCGACGGCGGCGCUCAACCAGUAUACCGACUUCCAAUUCGUCGCUGCGAAGGACUACAAUUGGGUCGUCUCGCUUGCCGCGCAGAUUCCGUGUAUUCAGUCCUACUACUACAUCGCGGAGGGACUGCUGAGCACGUCGUUCUCCAACGAUACGCUCUGGUACGAACAAUGGGUCCUGCCCAACCUCGACUACUCCUACCUCGAGCCUCAGAUUGAUUUCUUCAUCGCAAACUAUGAGUACUGGAAAGACUACUACGAGGACAUCACGCUUAUGUUCCGGAAAGCGACGCUGAGCGAAUACAAUUUGUGGCAAGUGGCAUUCCAGCCGGGGAAUCUCAAAGGAUAGCGAAGGUCAAUCUCAUUUGCUGUGUCCCAUUAUUUCUGCGGACCUAGUGUCCAGGACACACCCCUACUACGGCGGAUGUCUCUUUUGCAUCAACGUUUAAUACAUGGGAUGGCAGCACUCGGUAGGUUAGUUUUUAAGGCACUGCGUUGUAGAGACUCCCUGUCAUACAACACACUGACU